CUGGACUGAGACAAGUACACACUAUAGAGCAGAGGUGUCAAACUGGAGGCCCUACAUCUGUUGCAAAACUACUACAAGUCCCAUCAUGCACCGCCUUUGGGAGUCAUGCUUGUAACUGUCAAUCUUGCAAUGCCUCAUCCUUGUAGUUUGGGAACAGCUGGAGGGCCACCAGUUUGACACCCGUACUAUAGCACAGGGAUGUCAAACUGGCGGCCCUCCAGCUGUUGUGAAACUACAAGUCCCAUCAUGCCUCUACUUUUGGGAGUCAUGCUUGUAACUGUCAAUCUUGCAAUGCCUCAUGGGACUUGUAGUUUGGCAACAGCUGGAGGGACGCCAGUUUGACACUUGUGCCCUA